GCGGGGGCGUCCCGUUUAUUAGCGUCGUGUGACGGUAUAAUUGACCAAGUCCCCACCCACCACUUUUCAUGUCGCCACCCUCCCCCAGCAGUGCCAAGGGCCGGCGACAGCAACACCAGUCGUGGUUCAGCCUGCGCUACAUCCUCUUCGGAUGCGUCGGCAUCCUUGUGACCUUUCAGGCAUAUGUGGCCUUCGCAUCGACGCAAGGUGGAGCGCCCACCCAGAGUUUCCGCGUGAGCAACGCGCACUGGGAGCCGGACCUCCUCCAUCUGAACCAGUUCAAUGCGUUGUGUUUAACUAAGGGGGACACGGUCAUCGCGUGGAAACCGAAGCACCAAGUGCGCAUCCUCAAGCAGGACAUGGAUCCGGACGUGCUGCUGGCGGAACUGAGCCAAUGCCCCGAGGUCGACGUGUUCUUGCCCGUGGGCAUCCGGUCGCACGGGUACUGCGAAGACGCGAUGGCGUACGUCAAGUUUUUGCACACGCGCGCGCUGCCCAUGUGGGUGUUUGGCAUGGAGUUCCACGAUCACAACGGCAAGGUGUCGACGUACUUUGACCUGUGCCCGAACUCUGCCGUGAUGUUCAUGAACCAUUACUGGGACGGCCUCGAUCAAAUGAGCACGUUUCCGCCGCAAAAGAAGAUCGUGUUGAUGCCGAACGUGGAAAUGUACGAACUCAAGCCGAUCCAUUACCAGCGCGCCGACUAUGUGAUUGCCAAGACCGAGGACGGGUAUCGCCGUAUCACCGAGUGGUACAAGAAACGUGGCCACAACCCUCGCCAUACCCACGUCGUGUACGCCCAGCACACAACGAGCGACCCCACCGCCACGGCGGCUUUGAAAGCCAAGAUGGACCCCAACUUUGGCGCCAUUGCCGCGAAAGACUGGGACAAACUCACAGUGUUCCACGCGAACGGCCGCAGCACCCAGAAGAACACGCCCAAGAUCCUCGACUGCUGGCACGACCGCCCAGACAUGCCGCUGCUGCACGUGUACUCGAACGACGGGCCAUCCAACGACACAUACUGGAACCACUUUCGAGACAAAAAGCCAGGGAACCUCCAGUACCACAACGGCGAGUUCAUUGAACCGGCCAAGUUUGGCAAACUUAUGGCCGAGGCGUCCGUGAUCUUGUGUCCCAGCAUCAUGGAAGGAUUUGGCCACUACAUCAACCAAGCUCGCGCCGCCGGGGCGCUGCUAGUGACAACAGAUGCCGCUCCCAUGAACGAGUUCGUGGACGACGCCAGCGGCGUGCUGAUUGAGAACGCCGUGGCUCGGCCGACAUGGGGCAAGGUGCUGAUGGGGAACGACGACACCGAGUUCGACGUGACGCCGGCAGACAUUUGCGCUGCGAUGGACAAGAUCCUGGCCAUGACGCCGCGCGAACGGGCGCUCAAGGCGCGCCAAGGCCAGCAGCGGUACUUUGACCAGCUGCAGUUUUUUAGUGACCGUAUGGACGACUUUCGCACAACAUUGCGAGAUCGAAUGAAAAAGGGAAGGCCGUAGUAGGUUGGGGAAUAAGAUAAAACGGACAAACAACUUGUAUUUAGGUGGAGA